CAAACAAGUAAAUCUGUUCCACUGUUCCACACCUCUGAUGGUUAUCUUACAAUAGACAUUAGCAGCGAAGACGAGAUUGAUCCUCACCCUACGCAGCAUCUCAGUCUUCGUGAACAGUGAAAGCGACAAUCCUGAAUUGUCAGCACUGCGCAACGGAAAACUUGACUAUGAAAGUUCCCCGUUACAUCCGCCCCAUUUAAGCACCUAUUACGGAGCUCCUGGAUCAUGCAAGGCCACGGAAACCUGCACCACAUCGACCUCAGUCCUAGAUUCUCAUGUCAGCUUUCUGUAGAUCUCUUACAGCAUUGACAGCUCUCCACUGUUGAGUUAUAUUAAAUUUAAGGACGCUCGACUGGCGCAUGUUGUAUUACGCACGGAGUUAGGCGAUCGAUAUGCGUCGAUGAAACAGUUUUAUAUCGACUUUCUUGGAGCCCAGACCGAAUUAGAGACAGACAUGAUAUGUUUCUUGCGUUAUGACGACGAGCAUCAUCGCGUUGCCAUAGUUGGACUUCCAAAUCUUCGUAGUAGAGACCGUUCCACUGCAGGCCUCGAGCACAUUGCUUUUACAUAUAAUACGGUUGAAGACUUAUUCAAGUCAUAUCAUCAGCGUAAAGCACUUGGAAUGAAGCCAAUAUGGUGUGUCAAUCACGGCCCAACACUAAGUAUCUAUUGGGCGGAUCCAGAUGGAAAUCAAAUCGAGACACAAGUGGAUGUUUUCGACAGUCCAGAGGAAGCUAGCACUUUAAUGCGCACUUCUGACUUCGCGCAAAACCCCUUUGGCGUAGACUUUGUUGUUGAGGAAUUCGAGAAGCGGAUGGCAGCAGGUGAACCUCUCAAGGAUCUGUUGAAGCGCCCGAGCAUUGGACCUCGAGGACCUGAAACCAUUCCCUUGCUUAAUUUUUAAGCUAUUCAUUGAUGCAAUAUGCGGCAAUCUAUAAUAUAAUUUAUGGAUUGAUUCGAUCAAGUUUGACCGUCCGCCACUGCUGAAUACGCCUUCUUAGAUCGCUGUAGGAUAAAUUCUGAGAACAAAUGAUUCUGAAUUCGUUUC